AUGGUUUUCUGCGCGUACUGCGGGAAGUCCUUCACCAGGAAGGAGCACCUGGAGAGACACAUCCCUAGCCACACCAAUGUCAAGCCUCAUCGCUGCAGCGCUUGCCAGCUUUCCUUCGCCAGACGAGACCUCCUCCAAAGACAUCACUCAACGUACCAUGAGGCUCGAGACCCCAUGGAGCCUCUGCCCGGUGGUGUUCCCACCGUGGCCGGCCGAACACCUAUUGCCUGCCAGAACUGCGCCAACGCAAAGACGGGUUGCGAUAAGAGAGUACCAUGCUCGAGAUGCGCAGAGAAGAACCUGCCAUGCGCAGCUAGAUUCGCGAGGAGAUCAUCCAAGGCUGCCGUCAGAGCCGCCCAGGCCAGUGCCGCAUUCCAACAACAGAUGAUGCCCACCGUUCCUCAACCACCACCAGCCCAGCCAGUCGCCUUCAUGGAUCUGGACCCGACCCUGCCCAAGCAAGAUUCUCCUGGAAAGAUGUCGACGGGAUCGCCCAUCACGACCAUGGACCCUCGCAUGGUCGAGGCACAAAUGAAGAAGAGCUCUCCUCCUCAAUCACACAGCAGCCCCAACGAGUUCCCCUCACCUCACAGCAGGAUCGAAGGCCUCGAUGAGUUCAUGCAGCUCAACAACGACUUCAUCAUACCCGAGACCAACUACCAAGACAUGAUGGUGUGGCCCGAGUAUCCCUUGGAGCUUGACAUGUACAACCAGGUGCCCAUCUCGCGCCCUGACAUGACGAUGCCGAGUUUCACUGAGCUGAGCGACUUGUCCUCGACCUCAGCUUCAGAGCCCAUGACCGCCUCGUCAUCGCGGGGAUCCAUUCACACCAGGAGUACCAGCAUCAUGUCCACUGCUGACUUCGACACGACAAUGAAGCCGGCAGAGCCUGUCAUGGGGAUGAUGAACGACUCGAUGAUUCCUGAGUUCGAGGUUGUUAUCGCCGCCGAAGAUUCAUGGCCUCUCGCUCGCUGCAAUCCCCCCAUCUACUCUGGUACUUGCCCGCGAACCGCAAUCGUCCACCUCGAGUGCCUCGAGCGCAAGUCGAAGGAAGACAGUACCUGGAGCUCUCUGGAGAAGUACUUGGAGAACGUCGAUUGGGAUGCGACGGAUGCUUCUGUCGUCCCUCUUACCUCGCGCACCCGCGACCGGAUGCUGGCCAUCACGCAGUCGUUCCUCCAAAAGGCGCUCGAGAUCCAUCGCAGUGGCCUCAACAACGGGUACUCCAAGACCGGUUACGCCACCCCCAGCGAGUUCAACUUCCUCGUCCUGCCUCCUACUAAGAUCCUGGAGUACUUCCUCCGCAGCUACGUCCGUAGCCUCCACUACUACUACCCUCUCAUCGUCGCUGGAUGCGUCGACCCUAACGAGAUGCUUCUGAACAACCAAGCGUCAACUCUGCUUGUCCUCUUGAUGAUUGCACAGGGUGCGUCGCACGUGCCGAGCGCCGAGGCCAGAUAUCUCGCCGCCGGUCUGACAGAAACCUGUCGCAUUUCGCUCUUCGACAUCAUCGAGAAGGACGUUGAGCUCUCAGCUGACCCGAUCGCCCUUCGAUGCGCUCUUCUCUUCACCUUGCUCGGUGCUUGGAGUGGCGACAAGUGGUUGAUGGACAUCUCGAUGGGACAGAGGGGAAUGUACCUGUCGAUGCUGAGACACGCUGGCAUGUUGGAGCCCCAGCCAUCAAUGAUCCCAACCUUGAACAGCACCACCAGCACCGAACUUCAAUGGCGCGCCUGGUUGCAUCGCGAGAUGCAGAACAGGCUGGUCUACAACUGGGUUAUGGCCGACCAAGAGCUUAGUCUCUUCCAUGAUACCCCGCCUCAGCUAGCCAUCACGGAUCUUCAGUGCCCUCUGCCCAGUCCUGAGUCGUUAUGGCUCUCCUCAAACUCUGAGCAAUGGUUUGCCAACGUGCAGAACCUUUACGGCUGCACCGCCAACGUCAACCCCCAGUUGCUCUCCAGCCCGUCCCUCACUCCCUCAUUGUGUGAGCUCUUCCAGGACUUCAUUCACGACAACCUUUCUCGCCGCCAGGGCAGCCUGUCUCCUCAGCAGCUUCGCCUUCUCCUCCACCCUCUGCAGGGCCUGCUUUGCCACUUGAGGCAGAUGCUUUCCUGCUUCUCUGACGUCCUCUCUACGCGCCGGGCAACCUCGCGCACUGUCACCAAGGCAAGCACUAUGCUUCGCCUCGAAGAGGUCCAAGCACUUUUGCAGAAAUGGUACGAGCUCACCAUGGUCGCGUCCAAGAGCAACCCCGACUGCGGCACCACCCGCUGCAACUUGGUCCUCUACCAUCUCAUCUCGCUCAAUGCUGUUACAAAUUUCCCCGAGAUCGAGCGCCUCGCCCGCCGCGACGGCUUUGACGGCUCGUACUGGGAGCUUAGUCUGCGCCACAAGCGCUGCGUCUACAACCGCGAGGAGGCCAUCUUCCACAGCGGCCAAGUCCUUCGCCUCCUGCGCUCUAUGCCUGCCGACCGUCGCCCGUGCUGGUGGCCCGCUGGUGUCUACCGUGCCACCCUCAUUCUCUGGGCCGAUAGCAUCGCCCGCCUUGACCCCAACUUCCAAAAGGCGCAGCAGGCUUCUCAGGCCCCAGGCUCAUCUUCCCCCGCCUCUCAACACCAGGCUCAGAGCCCCGAACAGCUCAGCGGCGCUGGCGCCUCAAAUGCGGCUACAAGCUCACAGUCUCAUGGCAGCGGCAACAUCGUCGCCAUCGACCAAGUCACGCCUGAGGACCCGGCAGUUAUCUCUUACCUCUGGAGCGGAGGAGAUGGUGUGGCGGUCCUCACACGCCGCGACGGCACCACCAUGGGCUUGGACAAGCCAUCCGAGGUUAUCGGAUACGGUGUCAUGUCCAUCGAGGAAGGUGUUACCUGCCGCAUCGGCGACGGUAUCAAGCGCAAGCUCAUCACCCUUAACAACAACUGGAACGUCACCGAUCUCAGUGCCACAACCGCAUGA